AUGACGAGGCAAGCUAUCUCAAAGAGUGCACAAAGAAAUACUUUAACGACUACUCGAAGAGAUAUUUCCGCAAAUAGCUCAAGAGUGAAUCAUACACAAAUCAUAAGACAAAAUGUUACUCCUCCAGAUAGCCCUAUUGCUCAACAGGAGAAUCAGUUCGGAAGUAGAUCUCCAGACAUGAGAGAUGACGAAAUCCUUCAACACAUUCAAGAUAAUUUUCAACAUUGCACCAUUUCUGAAGAUUCCUUUCGAGAAAACCUGAAGGAAUCGCAACGAGCUCAAAUUGACGAUCAUCCUUAUAUCACUCCUCCUGUUACCCCAAAGGACGACAAUCAGAAUUCACCGAUACUUUUCAAACAGAAUGCAGUAACAGAUUUAUCAAGAUAUGAUAUCCCUAUUCCACGAGACAUCGUUUUCGCUCAAUGGAAUAUAAAACAGGAUUCAUCUAUUGAUUUUAGCGGGGAAAGAAGAUUUUCUAAUAAAUUCAAAGAAAUGUUUCAAUCUCGAAUACCUUAUGGUUGUUUCAAAAAAGUUUUGGAUUAUUUAGAAGAUAGUUCGUCAGCACUUUACUCAUUACUUUUAGUUAAUCGUUCCGUUUGUCGACUUGUCAUACCACGGUUAUGGCGUCGGCCUUUCCAUCAUACAGUUAACAAGCCUCCAAAAUUUGGUGCCAUCUUGAUCCAGACCUAUGUCUCCUUUCUUUCGGAUAACGAGAUAGCACGUCUGUUAGAUGCAGGAGUUCAUUUGCGUAAUGUUCGUAAGUCAACAUUGGACUACACAAGACAUCUUAAGGAUUUUGAUUCUCACAUGGUGGAAAGGGCCGUAAAAGACUGGAUCACAAUUAUGAAUCCACGUCACCCUGACUCGAUUCCUAAAUUUCAAGUCACCAAUCUGGUGAUAAGUAAUAUGAUUUUUCGUCAUUCUGGCGGUUUGGAGAACCUGAGCAUUAGUCCCGACUACAUUGAGGAAAAGGUUUUCAUCGAUAUCUCUCUAUUCAUCGGAGCACGUGAUGCACUAUCAAAGAUCACGAAGUUUGAAUUAGAUAUUCAUGUUCGAUGUGCAUCAUCCAACGAGGGUGUCUCAAAACUUGUCUCCAUGAUGUCUCAAUACACUCACAAUUUGCAACAUAUAUCAAUUAAGAUAGGAUAUUUGGAUGAACCGCAUAUUAUCAUACAAUCAUUAUCUAAAUUAAUACGGUCUCAAAAAAAAUUACGAUCACUUGCAAUCGAAAAUAACUGGGAUCCCUCUGUGAUAAGUUUGAUGGAUCCCUCAAUAUGUAGUCAGGCGAAUAGUCUGACUCAUCUGACAUACGAGGGGUUAUUGAUACCCGAAAAAUUCCUUCAGUUAUUAGAAGCUUGCAAGAAUCUGGAAACUUUGGAGUUUAAUGGAUAUUACAAUCCGCGUAAGUAUUCAUUUGUGGAUCAUGGAAUUACAUCAACAAGAUUUAAUUUUAGCACGCUAAAAUGCAAAGCCGACCUAUCGAGCGUAAAUCCAUUUAAUAGUACACGGUCAGAUACGCUGGGAAUAAUUCUUCAGAUGGUCAAUAAGAAUUUACGAAGUUUAAUUCUCGGCGGAGCGACUGUAGAAUUAAUGGAUAUAAUCAGCACGCAUUGUACAAAUGUAACGACAUUGUAUAUCAAGGGACCGAACUUGAGAGCACCUAUCUUGGAAAGGAUGCUUAAUAGAUUGGUUAAGCUGGAAACCCUGGAUCUCGGGGAUAUUCACGAUGAUAUAACCUACAUUAGCCAUGUAGACUCGGCGACUGUAAAAUUCGUGGCCGAAAGCAUACCAACAAGCGUAAAAUAUUUUGGAUUUCAUUUUUCGAUGACGACGGAGGGCCUGAGGCUAUUCCUCGAGAAAUGCAACGCAAGAUUGGUGAAGAUAGGAUUGUUCAGGGAUCGCCUGAUCAAAGAUGAGUCGAUAGAAGUUUUGACUGAAUAUGCGAUGAAAGGAGGAUAUCUGAAAAAAAUUGUAUAUUAUCCGGAGGUUUGGAAGAGGGACGGACAACAAAGCGAUGGGUUCUCAGAAGAGGUAUUGGAGAAAGCGUGGAAAUGGAUUCCAAAUAUUGUGAGGGAAACGUGCAGCGAGACUCGUAUUCAUGGUAAGAUUUUCUUCUAUCUAUUCAGAUUAUCUAUUUACUUGGGUGGAAUCUUUUUUCACUGA